AUGGAUGUCUUCUUCGAAACUCAGAGUGGCGGCAAGUUCUCCAUUGAAGUGGGUUACUUUGAUACGGUUUUAAAGAUCAAAGAGAAGAUCGAGAAGUAUCAACGUAUCCCUGUUUCCAAACAAACCCUUAUCUUCCAAGGCGAGGUUCUUCUUCAAGACGAUCUUAACAUCGAACAAUGCAAGAUCUACAACAACUCUCGUCUCAAACUCUUCGUCUCUCCUCACGAUCAAGUGACUAAAUUUCCAACACCGCCGAACUCAGAGUCAAUCGGAGAUAUCAUUUACGGUGAGGAUACUCCUUUGACAGCCGAACAUGUGAUGAACAUUCAACUUUUUCAUCCUGAGACAACCGAAGACAUUGUAAUCAACAUGCAAGAUUUGCCUGUGGAGGUGAUGAUCAACGACAACAACGAACAAGUGGUUCAAACCGAGAAAUCUCCACCGUCAAACCCAGCAGAACAGAUCAUCAACGGUCAAGAUUUUCAUGUGACGACGACGGUUCAAGUGAUUCAAUCCGAGCAACCUCCACCGCCAAAAUCAGUCAACGAGACCACUAACAUUCAAGAUUCGCCAUGGAAGCCUGUGAAGGUGACGCACGUCCGAAUGAAGAUGAAAGUAUUCGUGAUGCCAUAUUCCGGUGAGAAUGAAGCUGCGAUGAAGAUUCCGGUAGAUGUGAACCCGAAUGAUAGCGUAGAAGCACUGAGGAAAGAACUGGUUAAGAUUCAACAAAAGGGUGGUCAGUUAAAUCUGCCUCAAGAAGGGUUUUUCUUUAUUCACAGAGAGCGUAAAAUGUUCGAAGACCAGAAAUUCUGGUGGAACGGUGUUAAACCCGGCGAUACAAUUGAGAUUUGUCCGGGACAUGUUACCGAUGGCUCUUAA